AUGUCUGUGGCAGUUGUGGCUCAGGAUCGAACUGCUGAAUUUCGCGCGGCCGUGUCGUCGCUCACGCGAAUUCGGGGUGCUCCGGCCCAGGCAGCAGCGGCAGCUUCGCCAGCAACCUCGCGGAGCCAGUUUUCCCGCAAGGCAUCCGAUAUCGCCAAAGAAAUCGCCGACACAACUGCAAUGCUGCAACGCCUCGCGAUGCUGGCAAAACGCAAACCGCUGUUUGACGACAAACCGGUGGAGAUCACAGAGCUCACUAUGGUGAUCAAGCAGAAGCUGUCGUCAAUCAAUGAGUCUAUCAAGUCUCUUCAAGUACAGGUCAAGUCUGACUCGGCUGGCGGCUGGUCCGCAGGCCAGAACAAGGCUCAGCUGGCUGACCACUCGAAGAACGUCGUAAUUAUGCUCCAGGGCAAGCUAGGAGAAGUGACUACCGGGUUCACAGAAGUCCUCGAGGAGCGAACCCGCCGAAUGCAACAGUCCAGGGAGCGAUCCGAACAGUUCAUCUCAACAAAACGCGACCAGACGCCUGAUAAUCCCCUAUAUGCCCGUGGUGCUGUCUCAUCGCGCCGCCCAGCAACACCCUCGGCCCCGUCCUCGGCAGGCGGAGCCUCUGCAUACGCCUCGGGCACCAGACCAGGCGGCAACAGCGAGGUGUAUGCCGAUAACCCGUACGCUGCCGCAUAUGCAGCAGACCCAGAGCCUGAGAUGCUAACACUACCCGAACAACAGCAGUCGCUCACGCUGCUUGAGGAGCAACAGAGCUCUUAUCUGUCGUCGCGAUCCGUAGCGGUCGACGCAAUCGAAUCCACCAUCAGCGAGCUGGGCUCUAUUUUCUCGCAGCUAUCCACUAUGAUUGCAGAGCAGCGCGAUACCGUUCAGCGGAUAGACGCAAACACAGACGACAUUGCAAUCAACGUCAGCGGCGCCCAGAGAGAGCUGCUUAAAUAUUAUGCCCGCAUCAGCUCCAACCGUUGGCUUGUUCUCAAGAGCUUUGGCGUUAUUCUUAUUUGCUUCUUCUUGUGGGUACUCAUUUCGUAA